AUGCGUUUUGCCUUCUCUUCAUUUCCCUACAGUGCCUCUCCUUCAUCUUCCGCCAUCGUGCCUACUCUUCUAUUCGCUACCCAUAACCUGAAACCCCAUUUUCACCGCUUCACGCAUUCAAUCUCUUCUUUUUUGCUUCUACAUUCAUGCGAAGACAUUCGAACGCUUAAAAAAGUCCAUUCUUCUCUCAUUGUCUCAUCCGGGCGUUACCCUCAAUCCAUUGCGUCAAAGCUCGUAACUCUGUAUGCUCGGUUUGAUGAUCUAGAGAGUGCUAUUUCGGUAUUUAAGGACUUGCGCGAACCCGAUACCAACGCCUGGAACGCAAUCAUAAAAUCCCAUGUCGACUUGGGGCUGUUUGAUUCGGCGAUGUUUCUUUAUCGAGAGAUGCGAGAGUUGGGCGUUGAGCAUGACUCUUUCACGUUUCCGGUAAUAAACAAGGCUGUUUCUUCGCUUCAGAGUUGUGCAGGGAAUGGAGAAAUGGUUCACUGUGUUGCAGUGCGAAUGGGUUUUGGGUCAGAUAUAUAUUUUUGCAACACAAUGAUCGAGGUUUAUGUGAAAUCUGGCCUUUUGAGUUAUGCUCGUAAAGUAUUCGAUGAAAUGUCUGCGAGGGAUUUAGUUUCUUGGACUUCAAUCAUUUCAGGAUAUGUAUGUGAAGGGAGUGUUUCUAGUGCUUUUGUAUUGUUCAAUGAAAUGCGAAGGGAGUAUGAACCCAAUCAUGUGACCUUGAUCAUCAUGCUACAGGGCUGUUCUGCUUCUAGAAUUGUGCUUGAAGGGAGGGAACUUCAUGGUUAUGUGAUAAAGAAAGGGAUGCUCUUUAAUGGAUCUGUGCAAAAUUCUAUCUUACAAAUGUAUUCUAAAACCGGUAGUGUUAAAGAGAUGGAAAUAUUCUUUGGGGAAAUGGGCAGGAAGGAUGUUAUUUCCUGGAAUAUUUUGAUUUCUUUUUAUUCAUUGAGAGGAAAUGCUGUAAAAGUAGCCAAGAGAUUCAACCAUAUGUGUGGUCAUUUAGCACCCAGUGCUGAGACAUUAACUCUAGUUAUUUCAGCAUUUUCAGAUUCCGCAAAUCUCCUUGAAGGCCAAAAGCUGCAUUGUUUUGCCAUUAAAACUGGGAUUUAUGACGGUAUUUUGCAGACUUCUUUGUUGGAUUGUUAUGCCAAGUGUGGACAAUUGGAGUUGUCAGCCAAAAUAUUUGGGGAAAUUUCUUGUAGAAACAGCAUUGCUUGGAGUGCAAUGAUGUCAGGUUUUACUCAGAAUGGGUAUUUUACUGAGGCGAUUGCAUUCUUCCAGCAAAUGCAAACUGUGGGAUUUGAACCGGGGAUCGAAAUCUUAAGAAGCCUUAUUGAUGCGUGUGCCAGCCUAGGUGCCCUGCAACUGGGUAAAGAAAUCCAUGGCUGCAUCACAAGGAAGUUGUAUUGCAUUGUGGAUAACAGUGCACCAGUGGAAACCUCAAUCUUGAACUUGUACAUAAGAUGUGGAUGUAUGACUUCUGCUAGAUUUUUUUUCGAUAGAAUGAUUAUCAAGGAUGUGGUAACAUGGACAUCCAUGAUUGAGGGUUGUGCCACACAUGGCCUGGGUUUUGAAGCCUUGGAACUUUUUGAAAGAAUGUUGGAUGAAGGAGUCCUACCAAAUAGAGUUACCUUCUUAAGUUUGUUAUCUGCUUGUAGCCACUCUGGCCUUGUGAGUCAUGGCAGUGAAAUCUUCUAUUCCAUGAUAUGGAAAUUUGGCAUCGAACCUGAUCUGGAUCACUACACUUGCAUCGUGGACCUUUUGGGUCGAUCUGGGAAUCUCAUAGAGGCCUUAGCCAUAAUUGUGAAAAUGGUAGCACUUCCUGAUAGUAGGAUUUGGGGUGCUCUCCUAGCAUCCUCUAGAGUUUCUGGCAACAACAAAGUUGGUCAGUAUGCUGCACAAAAACUAUUCGAAUUGGAACCCGAUAACACUGGAUACCGUGUUAUUUUGAGUAAUAUGCAGGCUACUGUUGACAGGUGGGGUGAAGUUGAACAAUUACGAAAGACUGUAAAUGAGAAGGACUUGAAGAAGAAACCAGGGUGGAGCUGCAUUGAAGCAAAAGGAGGGAUGCAUGGUUUUGUUUCCGGAGAUACAUCACACCCUCAAGUGGCAGAAAUUUAUGCUGUAUUGGGAUACCUAAGCAAGAAAAUACAUGAAUUUGGGUGUGUGGCAUGAUUUGAUCAGUUGGAGGAAUUUGAGUGCUCCUGCAAAAUUAUAACCGUUCCAAUUUUU